AUGGCUGAAGUUAACAUCUCCUAUGUCACUGAAUUUAUUCUCAAGGGAAUUACAGACCGGCCAGAGCUUCAGGUCCCAUGCUUCCUGGUGUUUUUAGUUAUCUAUCUGGUCACAGUGCUGGGCAACCUCGGACUGAUUGCCUUAAUCAGGAUCGAUGCUCGACUCCACACACCCAUGUACUAUUUCCUCAGUCACCUGGCCUUUGUCGACCUUUGUUACUCCUCUGCAAUUACGCCGAAGAUGAUGGUGAAUUUUGUUGUGCAACACAACAUUAUCUCUUUCCAUGCUUGUGCAACACAGCUGGGCUGUUUUCUCACCUUCAUGAUCACUGAGUGUUUCCUUCUGGCCUCCAUGGCCUAUGACCACUAUGUCGCCAUCUGCAGCCCUCUGCAUUACUCCACACUGAUGUCAAAAAGAGUCUGCAUCCAGUUAGUGGCAGUCCCUUAUGGGUACAGCUUUCUGGUUGCCCUCUUCCACACCAUUAUCACUUUCCGUCUGACUUACUGUGGCCCCAAUGUAAUUAACCAUUUCUACUGUGAUGACCUCCCCCUCCUCGCUCUGUCAUGCUCAGACACACACGUGAAGGAAAUUCUGAUUUUUGCUUUUGCUGGCUUUGAUAUGAUCUGCUCUUCCUCCAUCGUCCUCACCUCCUACCUCUUCAUCAUUGCCGCCAUCUUAAGGAUCCGUUCCACACAGGGACGGAGCAAGGCCAUCUCCACUUGUGGCUCUCACAUGGUGGCUGUUACUAUUUUCUAUGGCACACUGAUCUUUAUGUACCUGCAGCCCAAGUCAAACCACUCUUUGGACACAGACAAGAUGGCCUCUGUGUUUUACACCGUGGUGAUCCCCAUGUUGAACCCCCUGAUCUACAGUCUCAGGAACAAAGAGGUGAAAGAUGCCUCCAAGAAAGCCUUGGAUAAAGGCUGGGAAACCUUAAAAAUAUUAAAAUUAAUAAAAUAG